ACAUAAUACAUGUAAUAUCGUACGUGCACUUCUGCACGUAGAUCAACACUGUUUACUGUCAUCGGAACUCCAAAUUUAGUUGUUGUUUUUUGGUAAGAAGAGAAUGUGAAUUAACAACAAUGGCAGCUUCUUGGGUCAGGUUAGGAAUUCAACAAGCCUUGAAGUGCUCGAGGGUAACCUUGUCAAGGCCUUACUCUUCAGAAAACUUGUGGAAACUUGGACGAAUAAACCACGUGGCAAUAGUGGUGCCCAAUCUCGAAGAAGCAACACAUCUUUACAAGAAUGUGUUCCAAGCAACAGUCAGUGAACCACAAGCCUUGCCUGAACACGGAGUGACGGCCGUCUUUGUAGAACUACCCAAUUCCAAGUUGGAGCUGUUACAACCACUUGGUGAUGAUAACCCCAUCCAGGGAUUCCUUAAGAAGAGGCCUGGUGGUGGAAUACACCACAUUUGUCUAGAGGUAGAUAAUAUACAAGAGGCGGUGAAAACUUUACUGGACAAAGGUGUGAAAGUGUUGAACCCUGUACCAAAAAUUGGCGCUCACGGGAAACCGGUUGUGUUUUUGAAUCCUAAGGACUGCAGUGGUGUCCUUGUUGAGCUAGAGGAGGCCUAGUGCCUGGAUUGGUAUAUCAUGGAGCUACUCAGCACACAUGCUAAGCAAGGAAGACAUUUGGUUAAUGGGAAAAAGAAAUCUUGCUUACUAGAACCAAUUUUACAAUUGUUUCAUCUCUAGGACUGCAGUGGUGUCCUUGUUGAGCUGGAUGAGGCAUAGUGCCUCGAAUGGGAUCUCAUGGAACUACUUAGCACACAUGCUAAGCAAGGAAUACAUUUGGUUAAUGGAAAAAAUAAAUCUUGCUUACUAGAACCAAUGUUACAAUUGUUUCAUCUCAAGGACUGCAGUGGUGUCCUUGUUGAGCUGGAGUAGGCUUAGUACCUGGAUUGGAUCAUCAUGGAGUGGAUUAUCAUGGAGCUAAUUAGCACACAAAUAUGCUAAGCAAGGGAGAAAUGUGCUUAAUGGAAUAAAUAAAUCUUGCUUACUAGAACCAAUGUUACAAUUUGUUAAUCCCAAGGACUGCAGUGCCUGGAUUGGGAUCUCAUGGAGCUACUUAGCACACAUGCUAAGCGAGGAAGAAAUUUGGUUAAUGGGAAAACAAAUCUUGCUUAGUAGAGCUGAUUCCAACCUCUUUCCCACCGUCGUCUGCAGCCAAUUUCUGUCUUUUCUUUAGAUAAUUUCAAUGUUAAUGUGCCAUCAGUGAGUCUGCCCUGGUUCCUCCAGUCAGGAUCUUUGAGCGUGAAACAGUCUUGCUUUGCUGAGAUGCAGAACAUGUAGUUAACACUAGG